GAAUUGUCUGAUGCUGUCGAGGUAGCACAAAACGUGGACCCGAAGGUGAUCUUCUGGAUCCUAUUACCCGCUUUGCUUUACGAGGACUCUGCCUGUACGAAUUGGCAUGUUGGCAGACGCGUAUUGCCAAACUCGCUACUACUGGCGUUGCCAGGAGCACUUUUGAAUACCAUUUUGACAGGCGUGGCGUUGUACUUCACGUUCGGGAAGAUCUUCGUCGGAGGAGGUACGAGUAGUGGUGGAAGUAGUGGGAACUACUCCGCAGUAACUUUAACUACGCCUGAAGUUUCACCUUCUCCCCCAUCUUCAUCAGACGCACACCUAGAAGAUUUCGGAUCUAUGACAAUGGAAGCUGCGAGGUCAUUAAUGCAAAGCGCGUCUUCUUCUACGACGCCACUUUUGGAAACAUCAGAAGCUUCAACUCCGUCUUCAGCCACUGCACCUUCUCUAUCUGGACCACCUUUAUCUACACCCCCAUCGACAAACAGUAGCUCUUGGCACGGUUUCUCACUCACUGAGGCAUUGCUUUUGGGCGCGAUCUUGUCUGCAACUGACCCCGUCGCAGUGAUCGGGGCACUACACAACUUACAUGCACCACCGAAAUUGACCUUGUUGAUUUCAGGCGAGGCUUUGCUGAAUGACGGGUCAGGGGUGCUGCUUUUCUUGGUUUUCCUAGACUUAGCGAAAGGCCUAAAGAAAUUCGCUUUGUGGGACACGACGUUGCAAUUCCUUUAUCUCGCUCUGGGUGGUUUGUUUCUCGGUGGCGCCGCUUUUUUACUCGUUCUGGCCUUGCUAAAGCGAUCGAAGAAUUACCAGACUGGCUUGUUUGUGGUCCUAGUAGGUGCGUAUGGGACCUUUUUCGUCGCGGACCAUCACGAUGUAGAAGUCUCAGCGGUUCUGGCGAUCGUGACUUUUGGAUUUUGCAUGUCAGCAACGGGGCAAUACUCAAUCAACGAGACGCACAGUCACCACUUGGUCAUACAGUUUCUCUUAUGGAGGAUACAGACACUUCUGAC